UUACAAUGCUUUGGACUGAAGAGUGGCGGCGGCUGGAAGGUUCUUGUCCAGCUCCCGCAGCUCUUGCUUGUGAACUUUGCUGACAUGAUGGGGACGGACAGUAAAGUGGUCUGUGGCCAGGUACAAACAGUCGCUCUCUCAGAGUGUGAGUCGGACUUCCCCGGUCAGCCGUACUCUGUGUCCGUCCUUAAAACCGGAUACUGUGUCUCUCAGACCGACGGGACGUUCAAAGCCGAUGGGACCAUCACCCUCAUAACAGGGCCCAGGACUAUUUUGGUGGACACCGGGGGACCGUGGGACCGGGAUUUUCUCCUAAUGAAACUGAAAGAGAGAAGUCUGGCACCGGGAGACAUUAACUUGGUCGUGGGGACUCACGGGCAUUCAGACCACAUAGGAAACCUGAGUCUUUUUCCAUCAGCGGUGGUGAUUGUAGGAUAUGAUAUCAGUGAGGGGGACACAUACCGUCCCAACAAGCUGGCAGAGGGACAUGCUUACACUAUUGAUGAGCAUGUAUCUGUAGUUCCCAGUCCAGGCCACUCCGGACAAGAUGUCAGCGUCCUGGUGAAGGGAACCUCAGCGGGCACGGUGCUUGUUGCAGGGGACUUAUUCGAGCGCUGUUCAGAUGAGGACAGCUGGCGCGAUCAGAGUAUGAACACUUCAGUUCAGGAGCUCAGCCGCCAGGAGGCGCUACGCAUUGUUGAUGUCAUCAUACCAGGACACGGACUCCCGUUUAAAGUCCUCAGGAACCGAUGAACCCCAGAGCUCAAUGCUGGUAUGUGAGGAAGUGACUUGAUUGACUGCAGGUUGAGUUUUACAACUUAACGAGAGCAUAAUGUCAUCAUACUUGACUGUUUUCCCACAGUCUGCUUACUGAUUAACACAUCUUCACGUAGAGAAGAGCAGCUCCUCGUUUACCAACCAGCUCAUAUGGCUGUACAGACAAAAAGAAAAACUUGUAAGAGAUUUGUAAUUAUAAAUAAAAUUUCACUUACAAUACAGUAUGUUGGUAUGACUCCUGACAUGUACUGAACCAUGCUGUAUUCACGUCUACAUCCCUGUGAUAAGGUGUGAACGUACACCACUGGAGGUCAGCUAAAACAGCAUUUCAUCUGCUGUUAACUGCCUGUGUCUCACUGUGCUCAGAAUUUCCACCCUAAAAUGCAAAAUGGGUGUUAAUACACGUCAAAGCAUGACGAAUUUGAAUGUGAAACACUAUAGUGAAACAUCGUGCUAUUAGUUGUGUGUAUAAGUAAAAUAACACAGUCCCUCUGCUGCCCACAAAUGUAAGUAAUGCUUUUCAGGAGAAUGUUUUUUCAUCUAAACUCUAGUCUUUGGAAAAAUGACUUUUAGUGGGUGGGUAAACACAAUCCACAGUCAUGAAAUGUCUGUCAUGUCUUUAACUAAGCAAGAGGUUCUCUGUUUUUGCACAUUCUCAAUUAUUAGAAUUAUUUUACUUUUACUCCUGUGUCUGCAUACGUCCUCAUAAAAGUCUAAGACAAACUUGUGUGUGAUGUGAGAGCAUCAUUAAAAGGGCAAAUAUUCCAUACAAAUGACUUACUGGUCAGUCUCUGCAGGCUGAUUUUCAUGGGUACUGAAAUAAACUGAAAUCAGCAGCUGCCUGAAAGGUAGAAAAUGAAUAUAUGAAAUGAUGCUUUGAAAAAGUAAAUGUAAAUUAGUUGGUUGGUAGUGACAACCGUUCUUAAACUAGCAGUUCCUGAUUGCCAGAACUGACGUAUCUAUAUGCUCCUGGGCGGUUGGUGUUGCCAGCAACAUCAGGAACCAACAUGCCA